AUUUCCCGCUAACGAAAACAAAUAGAAAUAGGGUUGUUUUUCGCCCCCUAUUCGAUUUCAUCUUCUUCACUCGCCAAUUUUAACCAAUUUUCAAUUCUAACAAUUUUUCGAUUUCCAUGGGAACAGAAUAUAGCAAGAUUGGAAAAACGACGCCGUCACAGUCAGCGAUGGUAGUGAGCAUCAACAACUUCUCCGACGAGAUACUAACUCACAUUCUCUCAUUUCUCCCAUUCAAAGACGCUUUCAGAACCACCGUUCUCUCCAAGAGAUGGCGCCCAUUAUUCCACUCACUCUCCGUCCUCCGCUUCGACGACACCUGCGUGAAAAACACAGAUAAUUGGAUUCUCUUCCGUCAAUUCAUGGACUUAGUUAUGUUCUCUCCAUACUCUCACAACCUAACCCUAAAAUCUUUUCAUCUCAACUGUCGUUCCAUGCGCUGGGAUUCUAAGGUAUUCCUUUUUCCAACUAUUUUCAUCUGCAAAACUCUUGUGGUUCUCAAAUUGAAGAGUAUACGUGUAACCACUAUGAUUGAUUGUUUUGUUGAUCUUCCUUUGCUUAAAAAUCUUGAUCUGUUUUUUGUUCGAUUCGAUUGUAUAGAGGAUUUCAUGAAACUUCUUUCUGGGUGUCCCGUUUUGGAGAAUUUGAAAACUGAGGAGGUUUUAAAGGCGGAAUUAAAGAAACUUAUCAUUGGGUGUUCCAUGUUGGAGGAUUUGAAAUAUGGAUAUGAUGAUUCAAUUGUCGGUGUUACUGCGGGAGGAUACUCUAAACCCUUACCCAAGUUGAGCAAAGCUGAUAUCCAUUUAUUCGAUGUUCCGCUAAGAGCAGUUUCCGGUGUGCAGUUUCUCACCUUAACCGGGAUGGGGAAAAGUCUUCCCAAUGAGGAAAUCAAUUCAUAUUACAAAGGCUAUCCUGUGUUUGAAAACUUAAUUGAACUUCAACUAUUUUGGUUUGAUCAUUGCAUUCACGACUGGGUUGAGGUAGUGACAAUGCUCCAAAAUUGUCCCAAACUUCAAAUUCUUUCUAUCUCAAAGUGCAGGAAUUCAACAACUACAGAGGAUAGCAAAUACCCAAAUCAUGUUCCUAAAUGUGUUUCCUCUCAUCUAACAACAUGUAAAAUUAUAGACUAUGAACCGGUGGAAGCUGAUUUUCAAUUUGCAACAUAUAUGUUGCAGAAUGCCAGACUUUUACAGGUUAUGGAAAUCCAUUGUCCCUUUACCCCAAAAGCAAUGGUGAGCCCCAAAUUCAUAGAUGAUUUAAUCUACUGCCCAAGGAUCUCUCCCGCAUGUAAGCUGUCAUUGGAAUGAAUGUUUCUAGUUCGUAAAUGCAUACCUGGUGUUUUCCUUAGAUUCUAUACAUAUCAAUGGUCCUCCGAUUCUUGGGCGCACUUGAUAACAAUGCAAUGUACGUUUCACUUUGAAAUUUCCGAAACCAAAUUGCUUGAGUUGUAUUUUUCCAAGCCUUCUAAGCUGUUAUAGCAUGGGAAUAGUUUUCAAGAUCUGCUAGC